UGGCAGCGCUAUUUCGAUGUUCUUGUCAACCGGCCGGAAUUUCUUUCGUGUUUUCAGCUCUCGCCAAAUAGCAAGCUGCAGUGCUAGAAUGGCAAGCGAAGUGGAAAAAUCGCAAACGGCAGCCGCCAGUGAAGACACCAUUUUCGGCAAGAUUUUGCGCAAGGAGAUCCCAUGCAAAUUUAUCCACGAGGAUGAUAAAUGCGUUGCCUUCCACGAUGUGGCGCCCCAGGCACCAACCCACUUCCUCGUGAUUCCUCGCAAGCCAAUUGCCCAACUCUCGCUAGCCGAGGAUGGAGAUGCCGAUCUGCUGGGACAUCUCAUGCUGGUGGGCCGCAAGGUGGCCAAGGAGCUCGGCCUCGCGGAUGGCUACCGCGUGGUCAUCAACAAUGGCAAGCACGGCGCCCAGUCAGUUUACCACUUGCAUUUGCACUUCCUCGGCGGCCGCCAGAUGCAGUGGCCACCAGGAUAAGAAGCAGCCGAUGGUGCAGCUACCAGAUCCAAGAUCAUUUACACCACAGAGAAUUUUUGAAAUAAACUAUGUGAAAUGCUAAAACAAGUUACUUUAAAUUCGCCAUGUCCAUAAUUCCUAAAGAAAGCUUCGUUAGAAAAACGUAGUGCUACUUCAUUUUUCCAUAAAUUUUAUU